AGAACAAGCCUCGUCCGAAAAGUUGAUAGAUGAAUCCUGACUUUACCGAAAUGCAGGAAAAACGAUUUCUUUGACUUUUUUUUUUUUUUUUUUUUAGGAUUUAUGAGCGCGUGUAGAGCCGGAGCGCGUAUUUUAGGGAUAUAUGUUUGUGAAAUGAAACGACAGAGAAAUGCCAGUGGAAAUGCUUCAUCCAAACUCAAUGCCUCCGUAGGUUUGUCACCGAGCCAAAUCUAUACGUUUCUGUCGACCUGUUGAGAGUGCUUGACCUGUGUGAGCCCAGAGAUGUGGAUCUGCAUGGUUUACAAUGAGACGGACACCAACGUGGACUUCCGGCUCUGCCAGGACUUUGGCCUCAUCCUGUCAGUCUUCUCCCUCAUCUACCUCCUGGUGUGCUUCCCAUUGGGGCUGUGCUACAAUGCGCUGCUGGUUGUGGUCAACCUCUCCAACAAGGUGUCUAUGACCAUGCCGGAUGUCUAUUUUGUCAACAUGGCCAUCGCGGGCCUUGUGCUCAACCUGGUGGCGCCGGUGGAGUUGCUGAGCUCCAACUUCACCCGCUGGCAUGUGUGGGAGUACAACAACGAGGUCUACAUCACCCUGCUCAUCCUCUUCAACAUCUCAUCUCUGGUGAUCAUGUACUCCACCACGCUGCUCAGUCUGGACUACUAUAUAGAGCGGGCGUUGCCUCGUACAUACAUGUCCAGUGUGUAUAACACCAAACAUGUGUGUGGAUUCAUCUGGGGCGGCGCUGUGCUCACCAGCUUCUCUUCUCUGCUGUUCUAUGUGUGCAACCACAUCUCCACCAAGAUGGUCGAGUGCUCCAAAAUGCAGAACAAAGAGGCAGCAGACGCCAUCAUGAUGUUUAUCGGCUACGUGGUUCCAGCUGUGGCUGUUCUUUACGCCUUUGUGCUCAUUUUGCGCAUAAGGAAGGAAUCCACACCUCUGGAUCAGGACUCAGCUCGCUUGGACCCUUCUAUUCACAGACUACUGCUAGCUUCAGUCUGUGUGCAAUUUGUACUGUGGACUCCAUACUAUAUGACCCUGUUGGUACACACUAUAGCUGGUUCACCAGGGUACAUUAGUUACAUACAUUACUUCCCUACCUAUUACUUCUUGAGAUGUGUGUCUAAACUGCUGGCUUUCUCUAGCAGCUUUGCAAUGCCUCUCAUGUACAGGCAGAUGAACAAAAACUUCUCUAACAAGCUUCAGCGGCUGCUCAGGAGGCUGCACUGCAGAGACCAAUCCUGCCCCCAUGAACGCUCAACAGUGCAGCAAGUGGUGACGUGAGA